AAGUAAUUGACCGUGUCAGGAAGGUAGGCGUGCCAAGCCGCGGCUCUGCGGAGAAACCACCACCACCCCGGCGGCCAGAAACCCAACGCGCUCCAGAGCGUCCCCGGGUGGCCGGGCAGCACCAGGGACAGCGCCCGAGACUCCACUGGGGACAGGCUCCUGGGCUUCCCAGCGUCGCGGGUAGAGGGACAGCUGCUCCGUGUGCCGCAGGCUCCAGAUUCUCGCCACCCUACCCCUCCCUCAGAAACUCGGACUGCUCUCGUCUGCCGUGUGGUUCUCUUUUCUUCCGAAAGGCCAGAGUCUUAUCUCUCAACUUCAAGUCCAGAGGACUUGCCCAGUCUCCUCCCCUUAAGUCAUUUCCACCAUCCUCAGGCAGCUGUGGGAAGCCGAGAGUCCUGGACUGCUCGUCCCGGUGCCAGCGCUGGCAGUCCCAGUCCGUCCGGUGCAGCAGUCCAGCGCAUUCCCCUCUCUCCCUCCCUCUUGCUCUCCCUCCCUUUCUGUCUUCCUCUCUUUCCUCCUCUACUGCUCCCUCCCUCUCUUGCCUCUUAAGUUUCCUGCACCGUGAAUCCAACUGUGCCAAGCCUUGGCUUCCGCGAACCAAUCCUGAGCGCGACCCGGGCACUGGGACGGCGACUCCGCCAAAGCUGGACGAGGCAGCUGGACCCGUCUGCGCUCGAGCAUGGAGACGGAGCGCCUGGGAGGGCACGUCCGGGGCGCUGGAGACGCCAGGCCCGAGUAGCUCCUCCAUGGAGCCUGCCCGGAGCUGUCCCUUCUCGCUGGCUUCACCCCAAGUCCUGUGCGGCUGCUGAGAGCGCUCCUUGCUCUGUAAAGUGGAUGUCAGGUGGAUCUAUGUUUUUGAAGGAACAAAGACUCAGAGAAAGCACCGCCAAGGAAGUUUGAGACGCGGGAGAAUGCAGGCUGCGUGCUGGUACGUGCUUCUCCUCCUGCAGCCCACCGUCUACUUGGUCACAUGUGCCAAUUUAACCAAUGGUGGAAAGUCAGAACUUCUGAAAUCAGGAAAUGGCAAAUCCACACUAAAGCAUAUAUGGACAGAAAGCGGCAAAGACUUGUCUAUCAGCCGACUCUUGUCACAGACUUUUCGUGGCAAAGAGAACGAUACAGAUUUGGACCUGAGAUAUGACACCCCAGAACCUUAUUCUGAGCAAGACCUCUGGGACUGGCUGAGGAACUCCACAGACCUUCAAGAGCCUCGACCCAGGGCCAAGAGAAGGCCCAUUGUUAAAACGGGCAAGUUUAAGAAAAUGUUUGGAUGGGGCGAUUUUCAUUCCAACAUCAAAACAGUGAAGCUGAACCUGUUGAUAACUGGGAAAAUUGUAGAUCACGGCAAUGGAACAUUUAGUGUUUAUUUCAGGCAUAAUUCAACUGGUCAAGGGAAUGUAUCUGUCAGCUUGGUACCCCCUACAAAAAUCGUGGAAUUUGACUUGGCACAACAAACUGUGAUUGAUGCCAAAGAUUCCAAGUCUUUCAAUUGUCGCAUUGAAUAUGAAAAGGUUGACAAGGCUACCAAGAACACACUCUGCAAUUAUGACCCUUCAAAAACCUGUUACCAGGAGCAGACCCAAAGUCAUGUAUCCUGGCUCUGCUCCAAGCCCUUUAAGGUGAUCUGUAUUUACAUUUCCUUUUAUAGUACAGAUUAUAAACUGGUACAGAAAGUGUGCCCUGACUACAACUACCACAGUGACACACCUUACUUCCCCUCGGGAUGAAGGUGAACAUGGGGGUGAGACUAAAGCCUGAGGAAUUAAAGGUCAUAUGACAGGGCUGAUACCUCAAAGAAGAAGGUCACAUCUGUUGCCUGGAAUGUGUCUACACUGCUGCUCUUGUCAACUGGCUGCAAAUACACUAGUGGAAAACAAUCUGAUGUAAUUUCUGCCCAGUCAGCUUCAUCCCUCAGUAUAAUUGUAAAUCAUCACAGGUUUUGAAGUCACACCUGAAGACAUGCUCUCACAUAUAGAGGUACACAAACACAUUGUCAUGCACAUUUCAGCUUGCAUCUAUCGUGAUUCCUGUUGAGAGGGCUUUCAUUGUCUGACUCAUAAUGGUUCAGGGAUCAACUAUCAUCAAACAGAAGGAUUAACUAGACGGAGAAUGUUUCUAACACUUGCUGUUAUGGAAAUCUCUUUUAAAGUCUUGAGUACAUGCUAAUCAAUAAUCCCCACUCAUGCAUUCCUACUGCUUGGAGUAGCUGUACUGGUAAAUACUACUGUAGGAGUAUCUGCUUGUUAAAAUGGAAAAAUGUGUCUUUAGAGCUCAGUAUUCUUUAUUUUACAAACACAACAAAAUAUAGUAACUUUUUUCCAGCAUACAGUAGGCACAUUCAAGGUGGUCCAAGAUGGCUCUUUUUUUCUAUGAAAGGGGCCUGUUCUCAGUAAAGAUGAGCAAACAUUUGGAAUUUACAUGUGGGCAGACAUUGGUAUAACAACUUUCAUCACCAAUCAUUGGACUUUUGUGAAGUUGAGACCAGCUAAAGCUGCUUAAAAUAAGUUCUGAUCAUUAUAUAAGAAGGGAAAUGCCUGGCAGACACCAUGUAAGUUAUAAGUGUCUGUCUUAUCUUUACUACACAUAUUGUAACAAAUUCAAUAUCCUAGUCUUCAUUUGUAUGAAUGGUUUGUAUUGUACAUAGUUUAACCAAGUGUUAUUUGAGCUGCUUAUUAAUAUUAACUUGUACUUGUCUCUCUGCUUGUUAUUGGUUAAGAAAAAAGGAUAUGAGGAAUUCAUUUUAUCAAUGUAGCUGUGAACUCCAUUAAAAAGACAAACUUAAUGUACAGAGCAUUUAUUCAGAUCAAGUAUUGUUGAAAGCUAUACAUAUACAACAUUACAGUCUGUCUGUAUUUAGAUAUUUUAUUUCUGGACAAAAUGAAAUGUACAUAAAAAUAAAACACUUAAAGUUGAGUUUCAAUA